AUGGAAGACGUUUUAAUUGACGAUAUUGAAGAUUUGAUGAGCAAUGAUCAUGAUGAAGUUGUUAAUGAAAGAAUAGAGAGAAAAUUCAUUUUUCCAAAACCAGAAAGAAGGAAAAAAAUUCAAAGCAAAAACAAAUUGACAAGUGCAAUAGAUGAUUAUCAACCUCCCAUAGGAGACAGUAUCAUUUCAGGCAGCCAGAAGAUAUACCUGAAGACAUGGGGUUGUAGUCACAACAAUUCAGAUAGUGAAUAUAUGGCUGGUCAGUUGUCUGCCCAUGGUUAUUUAAUCACUGACGACAAAUUGUUAGCCGACAUGUGGCUGCUAAACAGUUGCACAGUAAAGAAUCCAUCAGAAGAUCAUUUUAGAAAUGAAAUUGAACAAGCUCGCAAGUUAAAUAAGCACAUUGUGCUGGCUGGCUGUGUACCUCAGGGUCAACCCAAAUCUGCUUACAUUCAGGGUUUGAGUAUCAUUGGCGUUCAACAGAUUGAGCGAAUUGUUGAAGUUGUUGAGGAAACAUUUAAAGGCCACACAGUUCAACUGAUGCAGAAGAAAAAAAUUGAUGGCCGAAAAGGUGGUGGAGCUUCACUAUCUUUGCCUAAAAUAAGAAAAAACCCACUUGUGGAAAUCAUUGCCAUAAACACUGGAUGUCUUAACCAAUGUACAUACUGCAAGACAAAGCAUGCUAGAGGAGAGUUAGGUAGCUACUCUAUUGAUGAUAUUAUAGAGAGGGCUGUCCAGUCAUUCAAAGAGGGUGUCGUAGAGUUGUGGUUGACAUCAGAAGACCUGGGAGCUUACGGUAGGGACAUUGGGGUGAGUCUGCCUCAGUUGUUGUGGAGGUUGUUGGAAGUUGUUCCUGAGCCCUGCAUGGUCAGAUUGGGAAUGACCAACCCACCAUACAUUUCCGAACAUGUUGAGGAUAUUUGCGCCAUCUUGUGCCAUCCCAGAGUUUAUUCAUUUCUGCACAUUCCUGUUCAGUCUGGAUCCGAUGCUGUCCUAACCAGCAUGCGGAGGGAAUAUUCAGUGGAAGAUUUCGUGAAACUCGUUCAGUACAUUAAAAUGAAAGUUCCUGAUGUAACCAUAGCAACUGAUGUCAUCUGUGGCUUCCCGGCUGAAACUGAAGAAGACCUGAAAGAAACUUUGAAGCUGAUAGAAGCCUUCAAGUUUCCAAGCCUCUUCAUCAAUCAAUUUUUUCCUCGGCCCGGAACGUUGGCUGCCAAAAUGGAGAAGAUCCCAACAACGGAGGUGAAAAGGAGGACGAAGAUUGUAUCGGACUUGUUCAAUUCCUACACCACGUACGAUCACAAGAUAGGUGAGGUGCAGGAUGUGUUGGUAACUGAACAUUCGACUGAUGGGCGAUAUUAUGUAGGCCAUAACAAAUCUUAUGAUCAGGUGCUGGUUGGCAAGGAUGGCGAUUGGAUGGGCCGUAUGAUGAAGGUACGCAUAACGAGCACAGGCAAGCACUUCCUCAUGUCUCAGGUUCUCCGCCCGUCUAGCACCACCACUAUCACAACAAAAUUAAUGACAGCGGUGACAUCAUCAAUGAUAACUAUCAAGAAAAAAAUGAAAGACAUUAGGUUUCCGCCUCUAAGCAGAUUUCUUAAAGUCUCUUUACUGUCACUGCUGACGAUUGCUCUGUUCAAAAGUGAAUUUUAUUACAGAACAUGGCAGUGUUUGAAAAGUUGGGUAUGA